ACCGUCGUCGUGCUCGUAUCAGACGAGCGAGAAACGUGCGGCAACCGAACUGCAAAUCUCCGGCGCCUUCCGGCCUAACUGCACACACAGGGAGACAGUAUAUAUACGGAACAGCAUUGGUAUCUAUCGGUCACAACUCACGAUCUCGUGGAUACUGGAUAGCUAUUACCGUGUCAGGCAGACGAGGAGAAGUCACGAACGUGCUGAGAGCAGUGCAAGGAUGGCGUUCAUGCGGUACUACCGAGCGCUGCCGCAGGGGGAGACGACGGUGGAGGAGUUCAGGGCGUGGCUGAGCCAGUUCGACGAGAACGGCGACGGCCGGAUCAGCCGGGAGGAGCUGGAGCAGGCGCUGCGCAGCCUCAACCUGUGGUUCGCGCGGUGGAAGGCGCGGGAGGCGAUGCGCGCGGCCGACGCCAACCGCAACGGCACGGUGGACGGGGACGAGAUGGGCAGGCUGUACGCCUUCGCGCACAAGCACCUCCACAUCAAGAUGAGCCAGCUGGAGGAGUACUGGUAGGGCGUGCACGAGUCGUCACCUCGUUGUAAAUUACAGUGAAGUGUAAACACUAGUAUCUGUGUAUUUAUUUAUGUUUCGCGAUGUAUGAUGAUCAUUUUCGACGAGUGCGGGAGUUCAUUCUGCAGCGAUUUCGUUGUAAAUUUUUCUAACUCGAAGAAAUGCAAGGAUGCACGAAUGAUUUCAUUGUAAAUUAGAGCGACGUGUGAAUAUCACUUGUAUUCUUUUGCGAGA